AUGGAGGAAAAGAAAAUUGGAAGAAGAAGUAGUGGUGACGCGACCACGCGGAGCAACAAUGACGAUACCAUACCAUACGACACAGCAUCGUCAACCCUAGGACCCAAGGAAGAAGAAAAAGGAAGAGGAGCAAGAGAACAAGAAAAGAUUUCACGAGAUGUAGACUUGGAAAAGGCAAUUGGCUAUAAUCACCGCCGCGGAGAAGAGGAGGACUCGUCGUCGACAUCGGCAGGAGAUGCAGAUUCCAUCCAGAGCGCCGACCGCAACGUUGGCGACAACCUGGCACACACCAAGAGCCUUCGUUCGACCAAGUCGCGCCGCUCCUACGCAGGGGGCGAUGGAUAUACGUGCUUUGAACACGACGACGACCAACACGAAAGGCCGAACAAAUCCACUGGUAGCACUGCUGCUGCUCCUGCUGCUGCCGAUGGGGACCCUUUCCUCGUAACGUGGGAUGGCGAUUCCGAUCCAAUGAAUCCGCGCUCCAUGCCAAAAUGGCGACGGUGGAUCGUUGUGCUGAUCCUCAGUGGGAGUUCGUUGUGUGUGACUUGCACGAGUAGUCUGUAUACCAUCACGUACGGCCAACUCAUCACCGAGUUCCAAACCUCGCGCAUCGUGUGCACACUCGGACUCAGCCUGUUUGUCGCAGGACUGGGUACAGGUCCCAUGUUACUCGCGCCUCUAUCUGAAUUCUACGGACGACGACCCAUCUACAUAUGCUCUUUUACCUUCUUCCUAAUAUGGCUGAUACCGUGCGCGGCUGCGCAAAACAUUCAGACCAUGCUAAUAGGGCGAUUCCUCAAUGGCUUCGUCGGCAGUGCUUUCCUCAGCGUCGCUGGCGGGACCGUGGGGGAUAUGUUUGCUAGACAUGAACUCUCAGCGCCUAUGAUGGUGUAUACGGCGUCGCCAUUCGUGGGUCCAGAGGUUGGUCCUCUGAUUGGCGGAUUCAUUGUCGAGAACACAACAUGGAGAUGGUGCUUCUAUGUAUUGAUUAUUUGGUCGGGCGUCCAGCUACUGUCGAUCGUUCUAUUGGUGCCCGAGACGUACCAUCCAGUCCUUCUACGCAACAAGGCGCGGAAACUGAGAGAAGAAACUGGUGAAGCCCGAUGGAUCGCACCCAUAGAACAAUUGUCGAGGUCUAUACCCAAGACCAUCGCAUGGUCGUGUAUACGCCCGUUCCAAUUGCUCUUCUUCGAGCCAAUGUGCCUCAGUCUCUGCGUCCUGUCCGCCAUCCUGCUCGGUAUAUUGUACCUAUUCUUUGGAGCCUUUGCGCUAGUGUUCCAAAACAAUCACCACUUCACCGUCUCACAGUUAGGUCUUUCGUUUUUGGGACUCUUCGUUGGCAUGGUCUUGGGCAUUGCGUCCGAUCCCUUCUGGCGGGGACGCUACGAUAGGCUCGUGCAGCAGCGGGAGGCGCAAGGGGGCGAGCCUGGGGGCUCUGAACCAGAGUUCCGGCUCGUUGCGACGAUAUACGGGGCCAUUGUCGUUCCGGUUGCGCUGUUUGGGUUUGGGUGGACGACAUUCCCACACGUGCAUUGGAUAGUUCCAAUAAUCUUCUCUGGCGUGUUCGGCCUUGGCGUCAUCUGGUGCUAUUCCGGCAUCUUCACUUUCCUCGUCGAAUGUUACCCCCUCUACGCGGCGUCGGCCCUUGCUGCCAACUCUUUUGCGCGAAGUUACUUCGCCGGGGCGUUCCCCCUGUUCGGAGUGCAGAUGUACGAGAAUCUCGGUUACCAGUGGGCUACGACAGUGCUCGCGUUCCUAGCCCUUGCGAUGGCACCAUUCCCUCCUCUCUUCUUCAAGUACGGCAAGAAGCUCAGGGGCAAGAGUCGAUUUGCGUCAGCAUAG